AUGGCCGCUCCGCCGCGCCGCCGCUCCGCGUCUCCGGCCCCGCCGCCGGUUCCUCCGGCGCUGCUGGUGCUGGCGGUGCUGCUGGGCGGCGGGCCCGGCGCGGCGGCGGUGGCGGCGGCGGCGUCGCGGGAACCCCCCGGUCCGUGCCGCGUGAAGACGGUCACCGUGUCCACGCUGCCGGUGCUCCGCGAAAACGACAUCAGCUGGAGCGGAGCCCCGCCGCCCGCCGCCGCCGAUUCCCGUCUGCUGCUCUUCGUCCGCAGCGAGCUGCCCGGCCGCGUCGCCGUGCAGGACGAUCUGGAUAACACCGAGCUGCCCUUCUUCACCCUCGAGAUGUCGGGGACGGUGGCAGACAUCUCGUUGGUGCACUGGAAGCAGCAGUGGUUGGAGAACGGCACCCUGUACUUCCAUGUGUCCAUGAACAGUGCUGAGCAGCUCUCCCGGGCCACCCCUCCCAGCCUCCAGGAGCCUUCCGAGAUCGUGGAGGAACAGAUGCACAUUCUUCAUAUCUCCGUCAUGGGGGGGCUGAUCGCUCUGCUCCUGCUCCUCUUGGUCUUCACAGUGGCCCUGUACGCCCAGCGCCGCUGGCACAAGCGCCGCCGCAUCCCGCAGAAGAGUGCCAGCACCGAGGCCACCCACGAGAUCCACUACAUCCCCUCGGUGCUGCUGGGCCCCCAGGCCCGAGAGAGCUUCCGCAACUCUCGCCUGCAGGCCCACAACUCGGUCAUCGGCGUGCCCAUCCGCGAGACCCCCAUCCUGGAUGACUACGAGGAUGAGGAGGAGGAGGAGACGCCGCAGCGGGCAGAACCCAGCACCAGGGAGGAUGAGUUUGGCAGCCAGGUGACGCGGACGCUGGAGAGCCUGGGCCGGGGCGGGGAGGAGAAGCCCGACUACGAGAAGAAAGGUUGGUAGCUGUUCUUCAUGGUCUUCUCCUCACCCUGUGCCCUCAGAGCGUCUGAGCUGUGUGGGGCUUCCUGAUGAGGGGUUCCUGGAGCUGCUGUUUUGUCCUGAGCAUUUGUCUUCCAGCUGAUUCCAUAAAACCGUAGAAU